AGGCAGGCUGAAAGUGGGCGUCCGAGUAAUGGACCGCAGAUUGUCGGCUUAUUGUGCCGAGCCGCAAGGCAAGGCGCGGAACAAAGUCCAUUGGACUUUUAAAGAGUUUAACACGUUGUUUCGUGGGCUUCAAUCCUCACCCUCGAGUGACAUUGCGAGGAACUUUGUUUUUCUUCUUGAAUUUUGAUCUGUGGUUGGUGCAUGGUGCCAUGUAACCCUAUCCACUGUUCUU